CCUAAGCUGCCACUGUUGGCAAACACCUGACAGGGAAGGCUGCGAGGUGUCUGAAGCUCUUCUCUGCUGCCGUUGAACGGGGACGGUAGGGACACACUGAGGGCCGGCGAGCUUCUUUACACAAUGCUAUGAAAGCCAUUGAGUUAUCAACAGACUUGGAGAAACACCGUCUCCUCGGGGAUCCUCCCGACACGCACUCGGAGCCGUUCUGUAGGACAUUUAGACGCGUGGCGGGUGAGAACUCCAGGUCGACGGAGGACGGUGAAGAUGCGUCCAGUGACGGUGACAUAUGGGAGGCUGACGGACACUGCCACAAGGACAGCGCCGGCCGCCGGGCGGAUGUGAGGGAGAAACGCCGGGCCAAGCGAACACUGCUCAUCGCCACCGUGGUCAGUCUCGUCUUCAUGACAGGAGAGGUGAUCGGGGGUUAUGCUGCAGACAGCCUGGCCAUCAUGACGGACGCGGCGCACCUUUUCACCGACGUGGCCAGCUUCAUCCUCAGCCUCUUGUCCCUGUGGAUCUCAUCCAGACCUCACACGAAGACCAUGACCUUCGGCUGGCAUCGCGCAGAGAUUCUGGGGGCGUUGAUGUCAGUCUUGUCUAUCUGGGUGGUGACCGGCGUGUUGGUGUAUUUGGCAGUACUGAGGAUCAUUAAUGACGACUAUGAGAUCCGGGGCUUCAUCAUGGUCAUCACCUCGGGCUGUGCUGUGGCUGUCAACAUCCUAAUGGCCCUGAUCCUUCACCAGCCCGGUGUCUCACAUGGACACAGCCACGGCUUGCCCAGCAGCCAGCCGGCGCAGUGUGGCGAGGACCGGGGACACGUCAACACCAGUGUGAGGGCCGCCUUCAUCCACGUGGUGGGAGACCUGCUGCAAAGUGCCGGGGUCCUGGUGGCGGCCAUCAUCAUCUAUUUUCAGCCUCACCUCAAAAUAGCCGAUCCCAUAUGCACCUUCCUGUUCUCCGUCCUCGUCCUUGGAACAACGCUGCGGAUCCUAAAGGACGUCUUCAGGAUUCUCAUGGAGGGCGCCCCCAGCGGUGUGCAUUUCAACACGGUGAGGGAAUUGCUGCUGACGGUGCGAGGCAUCAGGACCACGCACAACCUGCACCUGUGGGGCCUCAGCAUGAGUCACUCUCUGCUCUCCGUUCAUGUGGCCGUUGAGAAAGACGCCGACGCACAAUCCGUCCUCAUGGAGGCAACCAAGCUCCUCCAUUCUGAGUUUGGUUUCUCCAGCGUCACCAUCCAGGUGGAGCAUUACUCAGAAGACAUGUCUCACUGCUCCCAGUGCCAACAGCUCACCGACUGAGACUGGGUCUGCCUCAAGAGGAUCCAGGUUGCACGAGAACUAAUGGUAGACUUUUGUGUACUUUUUAUGAUGAGGCAGAAUAA